UUAUUUUUUUUAAAUUUUAUUGGGAUCUUUCUCAAAAUGAUCAUGAAUUGCAUAUAAUUGCUGAUGUGCCAACAAGAUGGAAUUCUUCGUAUCUUGCUUGGCAACAGCUAAUUAAAAUUCGAAAUAUAAUUGACCCAAUGAUUACAAUGCUAUCUUUAGAUAAAAAUUACCAAACACAAAAAGAAGUUGUACAAUUAAAAAAAAUUAAUCUUACUGAUACUGAGUGGGAAGCUAUAAAAAGUCUUAUUGCAAUACUUGAACCAUUUGCAGAGGCUACUGAUUUAUUAGGAGAAGUAGAUUAUGAUGAUGAUGAAAGUGCUUUAAAUGAUGAUCAAAUGGAUGUUGAGUCGAAUAUUCCUUAUGAUUGUUUGAAUAUUGAAAAAAGGAUAAGAAUGGCAUUGUACAAUGCUAUUAAGCAUUAUUGGCAAAUGCCAUCAGAAGAAGGAAUGUUGGCUGCAUUACUAGAUCCUCGAUGCAAAUCAUUGAGUUUUACUUCAGAAUCUUUAAGAUUUAGAACUCACAAUUCAUUGUAUGAAGCAUAUAGACAGCACCAAAGUCAAAUAGAUGUAUCAUCUAUUAAGCAACCAUUACAGCCUAAAAGCAAAUUAUUAGCUACUAUAGCAAAUCUUUUAUCUAUUACACUUGAGCAUUUAAUUUUUUUAAACAAAAAUCGUCAUGCUGUUGUUGAUAUUUUUCUAAAACAAAAUUAUAUUAAAGCGAAUAAGUAG